GUGCCCUAAACCUUCAUAUCGUUCCUAUCAUCGUUCUCUACACACCCCUGUGCUCUACCGUAACAAGCAGCCGCCACCUCCGUCCGGCUCCUUUUCCGGCGCCUCCACCUCCGUCCGGCUCCUUUUCCGGCGGCUCCACCUCCGUCCAGCAGGUGUGGUCUCCAUCAACUAUGAUUUACACAGCUAUUGAUACAUUCUAUCUAACCGAUGAGCAACUUCAGAACACACCUUCUAGAAAAGACGGGAUAGAUGAAGCCACCGAAACAACACUUCGAAUAUACGGCUGUGAUCUUAUCCAAGAAAGCGGCAUUUUACUUAAGCUACCACAACAAGUAAUGGCCACAGGUCAGGUUCUAUUUCAUCGCUUCUACUGCAAGAAGUCAUUUGUUCGUUUCAACGUCAAGAGAAUUGCUGCCGGUUGUGUUUUGCUUGCGUCAAAGCUCGAGGAAAACCCUAGGAGAGCAAGGCACAUCCUCAACGUCUUUUACAGAAUGGAAAGUAGAAGGGAGAAUCUACCCAUAGAGCACUUAGAGGCCUUUUCCGAGAAAUAUUCCGAACUAAAGAUGGAUCUGAUCAGAUCCGAACGACAUUUAUUGCGGGAGCUCGGUUUCAUCUGCCAUGUCGAACAUCCUCAUAAAUUCAUAUCAAAUUAUCUCGCCACCCUCGAAACACCCUCAGAGUUGCGACAAGAAGCUUGGAAUCUCGCAAACGAUAGCUUGCGCACAACUUUAUGUGUGCGUUUCAAGAGUGCAGUUGUGGCAUGCGGAGUUGUAUACGCUGCUGCACGCAGAUUCCAUGUACCCCUGCCUGAAAAUCCGCCGUGGUGGAAAGCGUUUGAUGCCGAUAAAGCAGGUAUUGAUGAAGUUUGUAGAGUUCUAGCUCACUUAUACACUCUACCUAAGGCACAGUAUAUACCCGUAUGCAAACAAAGCGGUUCUUUUACAAUGUCCAAUCGACCAUCUGAUUCUCCUUCCCAGCCAAUUCCCAAGGACGUUCCAUCAAGUGGGCCCCCAACUCUUGAUGAUGCAGAUACGACCAAAGUGUCUCCUGCAGCUGUUAAUCCUGACUCCAAAGAUGCCUUAAAAGAAGCAGCAAUUGGUAAGUUAAAAGAUUCAACAAAGAGUGACGAUAUUCAGAAGAUUCCAGUUGAGGAGGCCAAAGAUGAAAGCGUUUCAAGAAGUAAGGAGUAUGCAACGGAUUCCAGCAUUGACCGGUCAAAGGAUAGGGAACGGGAACGAGAAAGGGAAAGGGAUAGACACAAAACGCGUGACCGUGAAAGAGGGAGAGAUUAUGAAGAUGACAGGGACAGAGAAAAAGUCAAAGUUAGAAGACAUCGGUCAAAGGACAGAGGAAAGGAUUCAGGACAUGCAGAAAAGCCGAAGCACCAUUCUUCUCGAGAUCGAGACUACCAUGGCUCUUCUUAUUCUUCAAGGGAGAAGGACCGUCACAGGCAUCAUUCAUAUGGCUAAAGAAAAAAACGGUGAUUAGGAUUGUGUCGAACAGGAUUGUAAUUUUUUUUUACAGAGCACAAUGUUGUGGAUGAUGAGAUGUGGCGAGGAGGCGUGUCCGAUAGAUGUGUUAAUUUGGGCUUUAUGGACAUAUGUAACCUGUCUAGUUUGUUUUGGGCAUUUUCACAAGAAUUUUGUUGGAUUGUCUUUAGAAAAAACAUUGGACCAUU